UACAAAAAGUUAACUAAUUGGUAAAGAAUAUAGAAAAAAGAUGCUCCUGUCUGAUGGAACCUUUCAACGGAUAUCCUCUCAAAAUGAAAUAACAUCAUAAGCAAAAUGCAAACUUCUCUGUUUUUAUAGCUAAAUUCAUCUCUCAUUUCAUUUAUGUGCAUAAGUACUAUACUGUAAGGUUCAUAAUUCAAGAGAAGAUGAAAAGAAUGAGACAUUACCUUAAGCUUUUAACUCAAAAUCAACAAGGUCAGACACGUAAAUUAUGCAGAUGUUUCUAUCAGGGUACUCAGCUUUCUCCAAACAACGAUGAUUCGGUUGAUGAUUUGUCUAUGGUUUCAUCAAGAAUUAGACUCAGAGAUGGUAGACACUUGGCUUAUGUUGAAAGAGGUGUGCCUAUAGAUAAAGCAACAUUCAAGAUCAUCAUUGUGCAUGGUUUUGGAAGUUCCAAAGAGAUGAACUUUCUAGCACCUCAAGAAUUGAUAGAUGAAUUGGGUAUUUAUCUUCUGCAAUAUGAUCGAGCCGGAUAUGGAGAAAGUGAUCCAAAUCCGAAACGGUCGUUGAAAAGUGAAGCCCUUGAUAUUCAAGAGCUUGCUGAUCAGUUACAAAUUGGAGCACAUUUUUAUGUAAUUGGAGUAUCAAUGGGUUCAUAUGCAACUUGGAGUUGCCUAAAAUAUUUGCCUCACAGGCUUGCAGGGUUGGCACUAAUAGCACCAGUUAUCAAUUACAGAUGGCCUUCUCUUCCUGGAAGUUUGAUAAAAGAUGACUUUAGAAGGAGAUUUAUUAAGUGGGCAUUGUGGCUUGCAAAUCAUUGUCCUAAACUAUUGCAUUGGUGGGUUACUCAAAAGUGGCUACCUUCAAAUGCUGUCAUAGAAAAAAAUCCAACAUUAUUCAAUAAAAACGAUAUCGAUAUUUUGAAGACUAUCCCCGGCUUCCCAAUGUUUUCAAAGGAUAGGUUAAGGGAACAAGUUGUUUUUGACACACUUCUCCAUGAUUGGAAGGUAGCUUUUGGAAAAUGGGAAUUUGAUCCAAUGAAGCUAAACAAUCCAUUCCCUAACAAGCAAAGUUCAUUUCACAUUUGGCAAGGGUAUGAAGAUAAAGUUGUGCCUUCUGAAAUCCAAAGAUUUGUUUCAGGGAAGCUGCCAUGGAUUCAAUAUCAUGAAGUACCAGAUGGUGGUCAUUUAAUUGUGUAUUAUAAGGGCUUAUGUGAAGCCAUUUUGAAAGCACUUUUACUUGGACAAGAAAAUCAUGCAUAUAAACCUAAAUCAUCUUUGUUAUUCAAAGAUGAAUGCUAUCAGGAAACUAUCUAGCACACUUCUUUUUUAUAUACAUUUAUUUAGUAUUGGAAAAAAUUCAUUUAGAAGAGUCUAAAAGUGUGCUAGAUAAAAUGUUGUAAGUAGUACUUAUUAAAUUUUUCAUGAUUUCAUACUUUAAUAUGUUUAUUAGUUGGAUGGAAAAAGUGACCAAUGUCAGUGUGUAAAUUACAUUCAGUUACUGGUAUUGUGCAUAAUUGAACAA